ACCAAGGCUACCAAGCAACGAAUCCAACGAUGCGGUUAUCGGAUGCCCGUGGCAGCAGUCCCCUCGCAGCCAAUGAAGUACAUAAUGGCCGACCACUGCGAACCACCCGCCUCGCUGAAUUUUGUUGUCUGCUCACACAUGGGACCGACUACGGCGCAGCAAAACGCAAUAUUACAGUAGUGACGCGGAUGAUUAGAUGGCAGUGGCCACUACAUCUGCUGCCCCUGCUGCGCACACUCGGCUGCUGUGCCCCAUCACCUCAUUAUAACUGAGCACGCAACAAUCUCGAGGCCCAUCCAGUAAUCUCGUCCUCGUAGCAAAUGGCCCAGUCUGGCGGUCACGUCUACCACGCAUGCUCCAACCUCGAGAAAGGCUGUGAAUGUCAGAACCAGCCUCUCCUCAAAGGAGAGCUGCCUGACUUUUCACACUAUGCUCAACAACAACCACACUGGGAAGAGGAGUCGAACCGGCCAACGAUAAAGAAGAUCUUGGUGGCCUGCGGUAAAGGCCUGGUUCUAGGACUUGCCGUGUCCGGAUUCGUCCACUCGUUCAGGUUCUUCCGCAGGCACACUCAUCCUCAUUUCCGACCUCCUUUCCCACCUGCGGAAGGCUUCGGUGCCCCCAAGGAACCCCCGCAUCUGCAAUGUGUCCAUAGCCAUAACUGGACGGACUACAUCGAUCAACCGAUAUGGAGCACCGAACCUUAUGGAGCAGGGACCUCGUUUUCGCUUCCCGUUGACGCCGAUUCGUUGUACCUACUUUCCCGGGGUAUAAACCAGAUCGGUAACUUGAAGAUCACUCAAUCCGAUAAGGAGUCCGAUUUGGUGGAUGUUGAUGUUCGGGUGGCAUACAAAUUCGAGGAUGCCCUUCAUCUUGCCUCUGUAUGUCUUAGUGGGGGUGCGGAGAAUAAAUACGGCGUUAGCAUUCUUACUCCCCCGCACAGGAGGCAUUGGUCUGGCAAGGAGCGCUUGCAUUUCGACGUGGAACUCACUCUACCUGCUGCGAAAGAGGGCAGCAGUCUGAGCAUAAAGAAUUUGAGGACUCACCUCCCCACCUACUCCCAGAACAUAGCAGACUUGUCAGAGACCGUCUCCUUCGGUAGAGUCUCCCUUGCGUCUGUUGAUGGCCAAAUCACCGUCGAUUCCGUCACCGCGGGCAUGGGUUCGUUCGUGACGUCCAACGGUGCUAUUUCUGGUCAUUUCGAAGGGGAGUCCCUGAGGUUGGCGACCGUCAACGGCAACAUCGAUGCAACUGUGACCCUGCUUAACCGUGAAGAACGCACGCACCCUUCCCAGCUCACAAUGCACACUACCAAUGGACAUGUUGCCUCAGAAGUUGCCUUGAUCACCGAUGAUGCGAGCGCUGGUGGGAACUUUGAUGUUCGCGCAUUCUCUACAAAUGGUUUUGUCGACCUUGCAUUUACUGAGUCUCCCGUGGGAUCCGUCCUAAAGGCCGAGGCUGCGACGACAAAUGGAGAGGUCAAAGUUGCCGUACCGAGCACAUACGAGGGCGGCUACUCUGGUACUGCAUUGGUAGGAAGAGUCUUUGUGAUGGAGCAGGACUCCGUCGAAGAUCCAGAAGGGAAGGGACGCCAUAGGGAGAUCAUAAAGAACAGAGUGGGGAAUAGAGUGGAUGGGACUGUGUUCUGGGUCGAGAGCGACGGAAGCCAUGCGGAGAACGAGAGUCUCGUGAGAGCUUCGACCACAAUUUCCUCCGUCAAGCUCGUGAUUUGAUGGGCCCAUUCAUGUGUUUUUCUUUCUCUUCCGUCACUGCGUUUUUAGCCUGCGUGUAUUCAUACUACUCUUAAGUUAACAAAUUUUACACGUUAACGUUGACCCAUGUAAUUAAAUGCUCGCAGUGAGCGUGUUCAAACGUUCAACGUUCAG